AGUUGCCUCUCUUCGGUGUCAUUCCCGGCCACUACUGCGCGUUGCUCAGUUCGAUCCGUGUCGUACCACCUGAGCUAUUUCCAGUGGCGCUUCAUGGAUCAUUAACGGGAAUAUCAGCCCUGCGAAUGCAGCUACCCGCCCUGGUCGAAGGGGGAAGAAGCUCGUUUCGGUAACAGAGCAGCAAUCACGAGUCCUUGUCACUCGUUACACACCCUCGUAUCGACCAGGGAAGUCGAUAAUCGCGACCUUGGCGUUGGAAGCGACCACGGUGCUGCCGCGCCGCGGCCCGGCUGGCUAUCUUCACAGAUUCAGCACAAUCUUCGGCCGAUAUUCAGGACGGAGACGCAAGGAAGGCCAAGGCCCAGGGCACUUUUGUCAAGCUUGCGGAGAGCUGUACCUCCUUCGCGACGCUCCCGCCAUAUCUGGCGCGACAACGACACAGCAAACAAGAUGGCCGGCACGUUCUUCACGUCAUGGGAGCUGUGGGAGCAGAUGACCUUCGUAUGCGCUCCAAGCCCACCGCCGUAACUGAGUUAACAGACUGUUUGCUAACGUCGGGCUCACGUAGGUGCUCGCCAUGGCGAUCGUGGCUGUUUUCUGCGCUGGGCUGUGCAAGCUGUGGUGGAAUAACCGGCUGAUGAAGAAACAAGAAGCGCUGGAUAAGGAAAAGAGAGCUCGAUUGGAGGAGAUGCGCAAGGCAGGACUUCCGGCCAAGCGAGCCAACAACGUCCCCUUCGGCGUCCGCGCCAUCCAGAGCGGGGUCGAGGUGGACGGGAUAUGGAUAUCCAGGCCAGCAUCGCUCAAUGAAGGGGCAUCGGCUAAGCUUGCUUCCUCGACCACCCUGGUUGUUGGCCGGGACUCGGAUUCGCAGAAAAAGGGGCGCGAGUACUCGGAGGAUGAGAAGUCGGUGCCGGUGAGCACAACAAGCCUGGGGACCAAGCAGAGCCCAUCUGCCGCUUCCGUCUUGCAGAAGGUCACGGAUUCCGACUCGCUGGAGAGCGCGCAAUUGGGAGUUGCCAUCCCUGUCUCAAAAUUUUCCACCAGAGCGAAGAGACAUUCGUCCCGGCCGGUCGGUGGGUUGAACGAGGAUACCCUGCGCAAGUUGGAAGGGCAAGCGGCAGCAGCGAAACCACCGUACGACACGUACGUCCCCGCGUCUCCUGCUCAACGGAGCCCGCGCCGGCCCAGUCAGCGAAGCACCGGGUCCUCUUCCGAAGAAUCGGUGGACUCGCAACCGCCGUCGGUGCAGAGCACGAGCGCCAGGAGCUACACGUCCUCGUCGCACAGCUCAAGGCUGUAAUGUACAUGGCCAGGAAUCCGCUCCAUGGGCGGGCAGGACAUGAUGCAGCUCCCCGGCGAUGGUCUGAGAGAGAAAGGCGUGAGCGCGACCCCUUUGAGACGCCCGCCCGGACACCGAGCGGCUUCUCUGCGCUUUCCCAGGCUGAAACACAUGCGUCUCUGCAGCAAGGGCAGGAGGAGUUGCCCGCUCCGGAGCCUACCUUCGGCCCGGGC